UAGCAGUGAACUAGACGUUUAAAAUAUUGCUAUCAUCCAGUUGCCAACUAAGUUCAACUUGAGCUUAAGUUUAAGUUGACGUUAAGCCCGAGACACUCAUUUUGAGGUUGCUGAAGACGUGAUCGCAAUACUGCCUUAAGGACCAGGAGUCACAUUUUAAAGGUCCUGGGUCUGUUUGCUUGGCGCUCAGUCCUAAAUACUGGUACCGAGUUACUCACCACGACGGACGAUUCCAUAGUGCCAUGUCGCUCACUUUGAUUUGUUUUGUGGGACUACUUUUUGUCGAGGAGUCGUUCCAAGCAUGGACCCCUUCACCGGGCACGACAUUCCAGUGGCAAUUGCAGGAGAGUAUUAAUACGCACGUUGCUGCUUCGGUGUAUGAUAUUGACCUGUUUAAUGCGAAGGACAGCGAUUUUCACACUUUAAAAAGCCACGGUCACAAGAUUAUCUGCUACUUCUCGGCGGGAACUCACGAGAAUUGGCGACAUGAUGCGCACAGUUUUCCGCACAGCACUCUGGGUAACGCGCUACCGGAAUGGAAAGGAGAGCGAUGGCUAGAUAUUAGAAGUCCACAGGUGAAGUCGAUAAUGGAGAAGCGGCUAGAUCUCGCGAGAUCUCGCGGGUGCGAUGCUGUGGAACCAGACAACGUCGACGGCUAUGCCAACAACAAUGGGAUGGGUCUCCACAGGGCUGACCAGAUACACUACAACACGUGGCUCGCUCACACCGCCCACGCCAAGGGUCUGUCGAUUGGUCUGAAGAACGCCCUCAGUCUGAUACCCGAGCUCGUGUCUCUCUUCGACUGGGCGCUCAACGAGUCGUGUCUAGACUACGACGAGUGCGACGAGUACCAACCCUUCCUACACCAACACAAGGCUGUAUUCCACGUGGAGUACGUGGACAGCCACACUGACGGGCCGGCCAAACAGCGCAGUGUGUGUCACUCGAGCCACCGACCCCACGGCUUCACCACCCUCAUCAAAGACUGGGACCUCACAGCUUGGAGACUCACCUGCUGACGUCUUAAAGGGGCAAUGUCUUCAUUUUGUACCCGUUGCAAUAAGGCGCUGAUUAAAGCUACAUUCUCGA